AUGUCUACCAGAAAACGUAAGUUUAAUAGUCUCAAACCGCUAGACACCUUGAACAGCCCUCGUGCCAGCUCUCCAAGGUCCUCUGCUUCUUUGCCGCCGAAGAGAUACAAUACUUUUCGUAAAGAUCCAAAGAUAGUCGAUCAUCUUAACAACGCUUCCACCAAGGAUUUUUUACCAGUUUUGAGCACGAGCAGCGAAAAUAGGAAGCAGGUCAAAUUGUCGGAUGAUGAUGAUGAAGAAGGCAGCAAUAGCGGGCGUUCAGAUCAAGAGUUUGAACCUUUGCAAAGCUCUCCUUUGAAAAGACACACAUCACUCAAAAGCACAUCCAAUGGCCUUUUGUUUCAAAUGUCUAAUAACCUGGGGAAUGACUCAUCGGAAGCAGGGAUAACGAAUGUUCCUCAAAAUGACUCAAUUGUCUCCACUAAACUAAAUUUGAACGGCCAAUUUUCUUGCGUUGAUUCAAAAACACUCCAAAUAUAUCGGCAUAAAUCACCAUGCAUAAUGACAUUUGUCUCAGAUCAUAACCAUCCAAGGUUUUCUUUGUAUUUUCAACAGUCGCUAAUCUACAAUUCACAAAUUAAUCUGCUUGAUGAUGUCGAGUUGACUAUUUUAGAUAAAAGGAACUCUUUGAUGGCUAUAAUUUUAAAAGAUCUGAAAAAAUUCAACAUGAUACUAGACGUAAAUAACUCUACAAUCAACAUCAAGACAAGCAUCUUAAUAUGGUCUACUACCAGCUCCGCUUCAAAUAAAAAAAUAAAGUCUAUUAAAAGGUUCUUAUUGACGUCGUAUUCUUCGUCAAUAAGCGUCCAGAUCUUGGAUAAUAAAGAACAGGUUUUGGAACGACUGAAACAUUUGGCUCAUUCUGCUUCUUCAUUUCCACCUUCAUCGAACAUGGAAAAGGCAAUAAAUUCUACUAAAAACGCGUUUGACUCUUUAAGACUUAAAAAAACUAAAUAUUCUACUGGUGAUGAUGGAAAUCCACAGAUUCAUACACGUUUCUUAUCGAAUAAACCUCACGGUUUGCAAUCCUUAACAAAACGGACUCGUAUUGCCAGCCUUGGCAAGAAAGAGCAUUCAAUAUCUAUACCGAAAUCGAAUAUUUCACCCUUAGAUUUCUACAACAAUGGCGGGACAGAAACUUUACAAUCGCACGCAGUUUCGCAAUUAAGACGAUCGAAUAGAUUUAGGGGUGUUUCGAAUUCAGCAAAUUCAAAUUCGAGCUCAAACGCAAAUUCAAAUUCAAAUUCAAAUUCAGAAUUUGACGAUGCAACUACAGAAUUUGAAACGCCAGAGCCUUUCAAACCUAGCCUCUGUUAUAAAUUUAACGAUGGUUCAAGCUAUACUGUAACAAAUCAAGAUUUCAAGUGCCUUUUCAAUAAGGACUGGGUUAAUGAUAGUAUUUUGGAUUUUUUUACGAAAUUUUACAUUGAAUCAUCUAUCGAAAAAUCAAUCAUCAAAAGAGAACAAGUUCAUCUAAUGUCCUCCUUUUUCUACACGAAAUUGAUCAGUAAUCCAACAGAUUAUUAUUCUAAUGUGAAAAAAUGGGUUAACAAUACCGAUUUAUUUUCUAAAAAAUACGUUGUCAUACCAAUCAAUAUAAGUUAUCAUUGGUUUAGUUGCAUUAUAACAAAUUUAGAUGCGAUCUUAGAUUUUCACCAAAACAAAGAUAAAAAUGAGGCCAUCAAUUCCGAUGAAAUUUCGAUCAACAAUCCUCUGAUUAAUAUCUUGACUUUUGACUCAUUAAGGCAAACUCAUUCAAGAGAAAUUGACCCAAUAAAGGAAUUUCUCAUAUCAUAUGCAUUCGAUAAAUAUUCAAUUCAAUUGGACAAAACACAAAUUAAGAUGAAAACGUGUCCAGUUCCACAACAACCUAACAUGAGUGAUUGUGGUGUUCAUGUUAUUUUAAAUAUCAAAAAAUUUUUCGAAAAUCCUGUGGAAACAAUUGAUAUAUGGAAAAAUUCCAAGAUUAAAAGUAAACAUUUCACCGCUAAAGUGAUUAAUAAAUAUUUUGACAAAAGUGAAAGAAAUUGUGCAAGAAAAAAUUUGAGGCAUACUUUAAAGCUUUUACAACUGAAUUACAUCAGUUAUUUGAAGAAAGAAAAUUUAUAUGAUGAGGUCAUGCAAAUGGAGGAGAAAAAAAUCACUAACAUCAACAGUAAUGAAAGUUAUGAUGACGAUGAUGAUGAAGAGAUUCAAAUCAUUGAAAAUAUAGAUCAACAACCCAGUAAAGAUAAUAACGCACAGUUGACCUCAGAACCUCCUCGUUCACGAUCACCCAGUACUUUAACAACAGAAAUGGAGGCGACAGAGUUGCAUGAUCCCAUAGAGCAUCAAUCAAAAGUACAAUCCAGUGGUGAAAUAAUACCCGAUAAUGAAGACCCCAUUUGUGCUACUGCUAUAGAAACACCAUCUAUCUCUCCUCCCGUACGCCACAAUAUUUUAAAAAGUUCAUCACCUUUCAUAUCGGAAAGUGCAAAUGAAACAGAACAAGAAGAAUUCACGUCACCAUAUUUUGGAAGACCUUCACUGAAGACGAGGGCUAAGCAGUUUGAAGGCGUCUCGUCACCAAUAAAGAACGAUCAGGCACUGUCAUCCAUUCAAGAUAUUACAAUGCCGUCGCCUAAACCGAAAAGGAUUUAUCCAAGCAAAAAAAUCCCACUGCCUUCCUCUUACAUUGAACCUCUCUCGAUAGAUUCUGCAGAACGCCAAUCUAGUCCCAACAAUACCAACAUUGUAAUUUCAGAUACAGAACAAGAUCUGGAAACAGGAGUAAAUUCUGAAAACAAUAACACUAGUAGUAUUGCUAACAGGGAUGACUCGGAUGUUAACUUAAUUGGAGGCCCACCACCAAAUGCAGCGAAAAAUAUUGAUGACAGCACUCAGGAAGGUAAUGAUAACAAUGACAGUCUUGGUAAAAUACUACAAAAUGUUGACAAAGAACUGAAUGAAAAGCUGGUUGAUAUUGAUGAUGUGGUAUUUAGUAGCCCAACUGCGGGUAUCCCAAGAAUCAGUGCAAGAAGUAAAGAGUCGAGUUCACAACAUCUCUCUGAUUAUGAGAAUGAAAAUAAUCGGUCUCAAGAUGUGGUUUGGGAUGAGGGCAGAGAAAAUCCUAUACUCUUGGAGGACGAAGAUUCUUGA